GUUGUAAAUAAACGCAUGUGAAAAAGCUGCAGCAACGACAGAGAGACAGAGCUGAGACAUGACGGCGAAGACGAAGCACAGCGACGCGAUGGGAGCUGCUGCAGCAGGAAGCGGCAGCAGACAGGGCCCAGAAGGACUGUGGGACUCCGUGAAGAAAGCUGUGUUUGUCAUCGGAUCGGGAAUCUUAUUCCUGGCUGCGUUUGGCAACUCGCUGACAUGGCAUUUUCAGAAGUUCUGGGGAGCUUCAGGAGAUUUCUGGCAGAAUUUGUGGACCAAGCUCUACUUGAGGUUCGAGGGUCAUGAAGCAUUUUUGUUCUACUGUGGGACCAUGUUACUCCCAACUAUUGCGUUCUGGGGGACGAAUGCUCUGCUGCUAUUGGUGGACACCAGUGGUAAACCCUCCUUCAUCACUCGCUACCGCAUCCAAGUGGACAAGAAUAACCCGGUGGAUCCUGCUAAGCUGCGCCAUGCACUGAAGUGUGUCGGCUUCAACUGGAUAUGCAUCUCCGGGCCCAUGGUGGUGAUAGCUUACCACCUGAUGAGCUGGAAAGGAAAGCCCUGUGGCCCUGAGCUGCCCACCUUCCACUGGGCCCUGACGGAGCUGGCUGUCUUUUCCAUCGUGGAGGAACUUAUGUUUUACUAUUCUCAUAGGCUGUUUCACCAUCCCAGCCUCUACAAGCAUUUCCACAAACAGCACCAUGAGUGGACUGCUCCCAUUGGAGUCGUCGCCAUCUACGCCCAUCCUCUGGAGCAUGUGCUCUCCAACACGCUGCCAGUAGUAAUUGGGCCUGUGCUCCUGGGCUCCCACGUGAGCACUGCCUCCAUGUGGUACUGUCUGGCUCUAAUCAGCACCACCAUCUCCCACUGCGGAUACCACCUCCCGUUCCUGCCCUCACCCGAGUUCCAUGACUACCACCACCUCAAGUUCAACCAGUGUUUUGGCGUGUUGGGCGUGCUGGACAGGCUCCACAGUACCGACACCAAAUUCAGGCAGACCAAACAGUAUGAACGCCACACCCUGCUCACCAACUUGACUCCGCUGAACGAGAGCAUCCCCGACACACCCAAGAAGGGCCAGUGAUGACUUUGUGACCUCUGACAUUUAUGUUCAGCCCAAUCAGUCUUUAGUGACUGUUCGAUUCUGAUUGUUUUAAUCCAGAAAACCUGUUGCUCAGUUUUAGACUCUGGUCACUUUUUUUGGUGCACUUUAUCACACGUGCAGUUUUACAAGUUUGGCGUCCAAGUUCACUUGACGUGCAGUCGACUGCCACUUUGGUUAUUUUUAACCUGAUUUCAUCUCAUGUGACCUUGUCAAACUGUUAUUUUUAUUUUAUUUGUUGGAAAGGGUAACAUAUAUUUAAGCAUGAAUUAUACAUGCGGUUUAUUAUCUUUGUUCCAAACCAUCAUGGAGAAGUUUGUCAUUGGUGCAUAUAUCAUAAUUUGAUGACUUUAUUCAAAAUUAGAGGCUAAUAGUCAUUUUACAAGUCACUAGUACUCAGAAGUAUUUCAUUUACUGGACAGUUUCCUGCUGUAGUAGAUUUAAUAACUUGAACUAUGAUAAGCUUGACUGCAAUGCAAUGAUUAGUCAAUUAAGCUUGACUGUAAUGCAAUGAUUAGUCAAAUUGACUAGUCACUCAACAGAAAACUAAUCACUAUGUUGAUAAUCAACUCAUUUUAUUUUUUUUUAAACAAAAAUACUUAAGAUUUGUUGGUGCAGGUUAUUGAAUGUUAAGCUUUUCUGUCAUAUAUACAUAUAUAUAUUAAACUGAAUCUCUUUGCAUUUUGGACUGUUCGGAUCAGACAGAACAUUUCAUAAACCAAACUAUAAAAUGUUGAAAACAUUUAAGCAGUUUAAUCUGAUAGUGAAAAUGUUGAAGACUGAACACUGUCAUAACCUCCAAUGUUCAGCCCAGUUACCUCCAGUUAAUAUUUUUCUCACCUUUUGACACACAAGCAGCUGCCUUUUUUAGGGCUUGUUGGACUGAUUCAUCACAUUACAUUUCCACUCAUAUUUAAACACAUCUAUUCUUAUCCUGUCUCCAUCUGAUUAAACCAAAAUGUGGGAGGAAAGACUGAGAUUUCACUAACUUGUUUAAAAUGUUAGGACAACAACGACCACUUAACACUUUUCUUUCUUUACAUGAAUACUAGAGUAAACACUGUAUUUUAAAACACAUGAAUGAUGUAAUGUAUUACACAUUUUUGUAUUCUAUGUAGAGUUUAAUAACAGCACAGUUCACCAGUCCAGACUCUUCUGCUGCGUUCACUUGUGGCUCGGACAGAAGAGAAUCCGUCUUCUACACCAAAAAGACAGAACACUUGCACUUUUCCUUGUGGCAAUGGGAGAACAGGAACAUACCGUUGAAUGUGUGUAUGUAUUACAGAAGGCCUCAGUGGUGUUUGUAUAAGAAAUUAUUGUUGAAUUAAAAACAAACAGCUUCUACUUUGAUUCUGUGUUCAAGUUUUAGCUGGACUGUUUAAUAUUAAAAUAUUUUUUGAAAAAGAUAUGCACUUCAUUUCUUUCUUGCUGUGGGGUCAGGACACAAAACAUUUCUCUCUCACACACACACACACACAGAAAUAAUCACUCAGCAGUCAGGGUUUGAGGUUUUUUUGUCCGUUUUGUGUUUUUUUUCUUUAUUAAAGGAAAAGCAUAAUUACUACAAAUUACAAAUAACACUAAGCGAAUCACAUCAGCCUACAAAGCAGAUAUUAUGAAUAUUAAAUGUUAUAAUACAAGAUCUCAUUCAAGUAUUUUACAUUUUUCCAUUUUAUAUAUUUUUUUGUUCCUUUUUUCCUUGUUUUCAUCUUUUUUUCCUCAUGACAAGCCUAAGAUAUUGUAAUGUAAUGAACUAUUUUAAUGGUUCAUAUACAGUUAUUUCAUAUUCAUAUGGCUUUAUGGAAUUUUGUCCUUUUUUCAGUCUCCAGACAUCAUAACCAGCCAUAUUCCUCUCAGCAACAUCACAAACCAGUAGGGCUUCUUUCUCUUUGUUUUCUCUUUUUCUGCUCCUCCCCUCCCGUCCCACAUCCAUCGUUCAUCUCUUCAGUGUCCGGCCGUCUGGCCAAGUCCAUGUAAAACUGUCAGGCAGAGGCCAGUGCCCUCUAGAGUUUGUUUGGACAGCUAGCAGCAGUUCUAUGCUGAUAGAGAAGGCUGAAAACUCCCACACCACCUGAAAUCCCCCCCCCCCCUCCCAAAUGUCCGGUGACAGGUGAUGGCAGGUGGUCACAUUAGAGGGAGGGAUCAUGUGACUGUCCUGGGGAAGAACACCCCCCCCCUCUCUCUCUCUAAUGGCAGUCCGCCAAUGUCUGCAGCCACACACCAGCUCACACAUCAAAGUUUUUGGGAAAUGUGUUUCCUUUUCUCAAUAUUUCAUAGUUCUAAUUUUUUUUUUGUCUUUCAACUUCCAGUUAACACUUUGAUGCAUCAACUGUAAGCCUGUAAAAAUUGAUCCAAAUCUCCCUGAAGAUAAAUCAACAAGACAUUAAAAGGGGGCAGAAAAGAAAAAAAAAAAAAAAACAGUACAGCUUUGCUUGCAUUUUUAUGUUUCCAACAAAUCUGGAUUUUGAGGAAGAAACUGAAAAAAUAGAAACACUGACAAGACAAAGUGACAUCAAUCUUCUCCACUCUGCUGGAACAUCAACCAACAGACCAAAAUUAUUAGAAUGGAAAAGGACUGAAAGAAAAAAAAAAGAAAAAACAGGCACAGGUGUUCAUUCCGAUUAGAACAUUUCAGGCUUUUUCCAAACUCAACUCUUUCCAAAUUCAUUUUCACACAUAUGACUGCUGUUUGACUAAGCUAAAAGUUUGUAACAAAAAUUGCAGCAUGUCAACGAUAAACGGGUCAUUUCACCGAGCACCUGCGUAUCCAUUUAUGUAUUAAGACUCUACAUUUCUUUGUGUGCAAUUCAAACCUCAAAAAAUCUAAUUACUUUCAUAUUUUUAGACUUUGCAGAAAACCUGGAGGCUGCAGAUUCAUUAAUUAGUUUGUUGGAAACACUGCUCUCCUCUAUGUUGGCAAACAUCUUUACUAAAAGAAAAAAAGAGCAAAAUUAACUGAUUUCAACAUGAAAUACUAUAACAUUACAGAUUUUUGUCUUCGCACUGAAUACCUGUUGACCCCCUGAUGUCAACUUUCCCUUUUGUGUUGUGAACUAUGUUCCCAUUUCUGAAAUCUACAGAUGUUUUGGCAGCCUGACACAAACCUCACAUCCAUCAUAACAACAAUGCUAGAAACACUGCAAAUUGAAAUUAAAAAGCAUAAGAUAAUUAUGAGACCAUUAAAAAAAAAAGAAAAAGAAGAAACGUUAAAGAGUACGUACACAUGUAAGGCAAAUAUAUAAUCUGUCCUAUAAACAAUAAAACAAGUAGCAGGGAGCUGUGAUCACUUCUCUUCAUCUGUCAAAUUCACAUUUACAUUAGUGGAGGGAAAAAGAAAA